AUGGAUGCCAACAUCCAGCGGGCCCUCAAUGAUAGACUCUACGACAAACGCAAGAUUGGAGCUCUCGAGUAUGUCUCACCCCUCACUCCAAGUCUGCUCAAUGCUUUCGAGCCUCAUAUUGAUAGCUUCCUUUGCUUUAAUACUCACUAUGGACCAUAUCUCGAGCCCGGAGACUUGCUACUACUACCACCACCACCACUCCUUCAAAAGCUAGAGCGUGUAAUUCGAGAUCUCGUCAACGUCAAGGACUACCAACGAGUUCAUGAUAUUCUUGAGCAGUUAUGCAAUGAGUAUGCCUACGCCGUACAUCAGCCUCAUGCGAGGAAUGGCGGUUUGAUAGGUCUGGCUGCCGCUGCUAUUGCCCUUGGUCCAGAGCUGCCCAGAUAUCUGUCAAAGAUCGUCCCUCCUGUCUUAGCGUGCUUCACCGACCAAGAUGCGAGGGUAAGAUAUUAUGCCUGCGAAGCCAUGUACAACAUUGCCAAGGUUGCAAAAGGAGAGAUCCUCGUGUAUUUUAAUAGCAUCUUUGAUCAGCUGUGUAAGCUUGGCGCGGAUUCAGAACUAUCGGUCAAGAAUGGAGCAGAGCUCCUUGAUCGGCUUGUCAAAGAUAUUGUAUCCGAAUCUGCUGCUUCCUACGUCUCUGUUCUCGAGACUCCUCCAGAGUUCGAUGGCGAUGAUAAGGUAUCGUUAGGGGAAAAUUCCCACUUACCAACAGCGUUCUCUCUCUCUCGAUUCAUCCCCUUGCUCAAAGAGCGUAUAUGGGUUAUUAACCCUUUCACCCGGCAAUUUCUUGUCGGCUGGAUUACACUCCUUGACUCCAUACCUGAUCUGGAGCUUGUCACUUACCUACCAGACUUUCUUGGAGGUCUACUCAAGUUUCUUUCAGAUCAGAAUUCCGACGUGCGGGUCGCCACACAAACUUGCUUGGAUAAAUUUCUGAACGAGAUUAAGCGAAUAGCCCGUAUCAAAAAGGGAAUCCUGCAGAGCAAGCGAUCCAAGGAGGGUGUGAAGCGUAAGCGACAGGACUCCAUCGACAGUGGAUCAAUUAAUCCGGAUUUUGAAGAAGGGGACGAGCUCGACUCCGAUGCUGCACUGGAUGAUGACGAUGAUAGUAGCGGAGAAGAUUGGAUCCCCGGCCAGGAUGUAGAGAUCAACUACAAGGAAAUUCUUCAGAUCCUAACUGCUACGUUGGACUCCCCCCUAGAGGAGGAUUGUCUCCUCGAGUCACUCCGAUGGGUUGUGGAAUUCCUGGAUAUCUGCCCGGAAGAAGUUCUUCCUUUCACCCCCAAAAUUCUCGCCCACAUGCUUCCAGCUAUGGCCAGUACCAAAGAAACUAUACAUAAAGCAGCGACACGAGUCAAUACGUGCCUCAUGGACUACGUUGUAUCACUUUCAGACGACUCCGAAUUGACCCAACCACAUCCAGCUCAACCGCCUCAAAACUUCUCGACCUCUCGGCUACCUGUUCCUGGAGAAAAGGGUGUUGACGCUAACACCAGUAACCGGGCCUCGUUGGCAAGCUCUAGAGAUUUGGACCUUCGCAGUCCCACGCCUGCUCAAGGUCGCUCAUUAUCGACUCCGGCCGACAUCAACAUUACUCAGACACAAGCCGACCUGGACUAUGCUGCAGCUGUCAACUCUCUAACCCUUCUUUUUCUUAAUGACCAUGAAGCGACCCGGGUGGCGGCCUUGACGUGGCUUAUCAUGCUACACAGGAAAGCUCCCCGAAAGGUACUCGCUUUCAAUGAUGGAACAUUUCCGGCGUUACUCAAGACUUUGUCUGAUCCGUCAGACGCCGUAGUUACCAAGGACUUGCAGCUUCUUUCGCAAAUAUCGCGAAAUUCAGAAGAUGACUAUUUUGCCAAUUUCAUGGUCAACUUGUUGCAGCUCUUUUCAACGGAUAGAAAGUUGCUGGAAACACGGGGCAAUCUUAUCAUUCGGCAACUUUGCUUGAGCUUGAGCCCCGAAAGGAUCUACAGGACACUAGCGGACUGUAUCGAGAAAGAAGAAGACGUCGAAUUUGCAAGUAUAAUGGUGCAGAAUCUCAACAACAACCUUAUUACUGCGCCUCAGCUAGCCGAUGUUCGAAAGAGGUUACGAAACCUUGAAGCCAGGGAUGGUCAAACGUUAUUUGUAGCAUUAUUUCGGUCAUGGUGCUACAACGCCGUGGCUACCUUUUCGCUAUGUUUGCUUGCUCAAGCCUAUGAGCAGGCUUAUAACCUAUUGCAGAUAUUUGGAGAGUUGGAUAUGACGGUUAAUAUGCUCAUUCAGGUCGAUAAGCUGGUACAACUGAUUGAGUCGCCCGUCUUCACGUACCUCCGCCUACAGCUGCUAGAGCCUGAGAAGUACCCGUUCCUGUACAAAUGCAUGUAUGGUAUCUUGAUGCUUCUGCCGCAGUCAUCAGCGUUCGCUGCACUGAAGAACAGACUCAACAGCGUCAGUGCUAUAGGAUAUCUGCAUGUAGCACCUCGAACUACAACCACUCCGGCCCCAAGCAGUUCCAAUUUCGACAGACCAAAUCGACUCAAGAGCAGAGAAGACGGGAACAUACGUUGGGUCGAGCUUUUGGAGAAGUUCCGAAGUGUCCAGGAACGGGCGCGAAGGGCACAGCGUCAAAACAACAUGGAUGGCGACGAAAUACCAUUAAUGGGAGUCAGCGAGCUCCGUAUUGGUGACGGGGCAGCAGACGUGAAAGGCAAGGACGCACGCGGUGUCGGCCUGCAAACUAUUCCACAGAAAGAGCCAGCGCCAGCGCCCCCAGUACCAGCCAAAAGAAUAGGAUUAGGCCGACAGUUUGGGAGAUUGGGAGGAGCUGUGGCAGGAAAAGGUCGACGCAACCAAUAG